CCGCUCCCCCCCCGCCACCCCCCACCCCCCCCCACACAUCCACCUCUAUCCACCUCCGUCUCCCGCCGCAGCAGCGAGAAACGCACGAGGGGUACGGCUCCUGAGAUCGCCGCGAGGCUCCAGUCCUCGCGUCCCGCUGUGCCUCCGCUCCCAAAGGUUUUUGGAAAAUAGUUCGUUGGUGUUAGGUGUUUCUCAAAAGGGUAAAUGGGAUCAGAAGGACCUUCAGUUGUGACUGUCCAUGUUACUGGAUUUAAGAAGUUUCAUGGGGUUGCUGAGAACCCAACUGAGAAAAUUGUGACCAAUCUUAAGUCUUUUAUGGAAAAGAGAGGGUUGCCAAAAAAUCUUGUGCUCAGCAGCUGCACAGUUCUUGAAACAGCAGGGCAGGGUGCACUUGGCACAUUACAUAAAGUUUUAGAAUCUGCUAUCACAGACAGAGAGAACGGGUCGUCGGCGCAGGGACAAGUAAUCUGGAUCCACUUUGGGGUCAACAGUGGCGCAACAAGGUUUGCACUUGAGAACCAAGCUGUUAAUGAAGCCACCUUCCGUUGUCCAGAUGAGCUAGGAUGGAAACCUCAGCGGGUCCCAAUUGUUCCAUCUGAUGGAAGCAUCUCGCGGACAAGAGAGACUACGCUCCCAGUGAACGAAUUAACCAAGUCACUCCGGAAGAUAGGCUAUGACGUGGUGCCUUCGGAUGACGCUGGCCGAUUCGUGUGCAACUACGUGUACUACCACUCUCUUCGGUUUGCAGAGCAACAUGGCAUCAAAUCGCUGUUCGUGCAUGUGCCACUCUUCUUGACGAUCGACGAGGAGGUCCAGAUGCACUUUGUUGCUUCCCUUCUCGAACUUCUUGCAUGCUCGAACUAGGAAGAACAGUCUGAAGCAUAGCGGUUCGACCUGGAAGAUGUAAAGUUGAAAGCAGACUGAAUAAGGUGGUGUGGUGAUUGAUAAGUUAAUCUUGCUCCAAGGGGUGUGUUUGGGAGGGGGGGGGGGGGGGGGAGGGAAGGUGCUGCAUAGAGUCAUUGUAUCUUCCUGUGGCCAAUUGCGGCUUGUAUGCAUGCACAUGUGCUGUAAACAUGGCUGAAACUGAAAAAUUGGGAACUUGGUUUUCAAUAAAAUUAGAGCGGAUGGAUUACACGUGACGAAA